UUCAGGAGAGUGGAGCGCUGAUGGCUGGCAGGAUUUACCCUCUGUGAGUGGGUAGAUAUUUCACGGACACUGGGGGAGAGGAUUCAGGAGGAGAGGGAGACAACGACCGACCGAGGACAAAAUGGCCGCCAUGGCAACGGUGCCCAGCUACACUGCCUCACUGUGGGUAAGACUGUGUCACUCCAUCCCCCGGCUGGACCUCAGCCUCCAGAUGAGGGACAACACCUUCGUCCCUGACAGCUGGGAGUAUCAGCAGACUCUGCUGGUUCUGUCCAGUCUGUCUGCCGUCGCUCUCGUGAUCUCACUGCUGGUGGUGUUGUCCUUCCUCAUACACUACUGCUGCUGCCACCGUGGUGACCGGGGCGAGGGGUCAGAGGAGGACGAGGACGACGAAGACGGCAGCACGGGUCACGGAUAUGCCGGGAAGAAGGGGAGGGGCAUCUGCUGUGUCACCUGGGUGGCUGUGGCGGCUGUCACACUGUGCUGCGUUGCCAUAGGCAUCGGUUUCUAUGGCAACAGCGAAGCUAAUGAUGGAAUGUAUCAGUUGACCUCGUCUCUUCUCACGGCCAAUUAUACGCUAGCUUCCAUCGAUCUGCUGAUUUCAGACACCGUCUCUGGGCUGCAGCUGUCCAUUUCUGGGCCGCUGGCCACAAUGGAGGAGCUGUUUACCGGCAGCAAACCCUUCGUGGUCUCCACCCGUAACUGCCGCAGGUUGUCUGAGAACGUGGUGAACCUCCUCUCCUCCAUCUCCUUGGUCCAGUCCAGUGUUGGUGCCAGGCUGGAGAAUGACAGCCUGGUCAGUGGGGCGUCCAUCGUUCCACUGACCCCUGCCCCCCCCUCUGUGGCUCCUACAGCGGUGCCUACCGGCGGUCUACUGUCCAGCCCGUUCUCACCAGGCUGGGCUGCCAACAUACUGAUGGUCCAUGAAGACUACAGGUGGCUGUCGUAUUUGCUGCUGCUGCUCCUCAACCUCAUCGUGUGUCUGUUCAUUCUGCUUGGACUGGCCAGACAGGCCCGCUGGCUGCUCAUCCUGAUGACGGUUCUGGCCUGGAUGGCCCUGUUCCUCAGCUGGGGGUCCCUGGGUUUGGAGACGGCCACCGUGACGGUGAGUAAGAGAGAGAGAGAGAGAGAGAGAGAGAGAGAGAGAGCGUCCCCUGUAGGAGGUCUUGAUAAUGGCAGUCUACAGUCUGUGUUCUGUGAUCGUUCUCCCAGGGCAGGAAAAUGGGAUUAAAGAUUCACCGUGUGUGUGUGUGUGUGUGUGUGUUGGGGUCUGUCCUGUGUGAACUCUGUCCCCUCGUUAAUAAAGUA